AUGGCUAACCUCGAUGACUUACGCAAGCAGUGGGCGACUUUGUACGCCCGCACUCUUCCUCAGCUGGCGAAUGCACGAUCCCCAGUACAAACGAGCUGGCCGGUGACUCUUGAUCAUUGCUUCGCCCGGAUCAUCCUGGACUAUACAAUAGGCCACGGUGAAAGACAAUGGGACCAUGUCGUAGACAAACCGGCGGUAAGGAAUAUGACUGAGCAACAGCUGCAAGAUGCGAUUGCCUUAGCCGAACAGGUUGCAUCAGGUAAGGCUGACCUCUGUUACUUGAACGAGAUCAGUCUGCAGUGUAGGGGAAAGCAUGAAACGGACUACGUCGACCGUUUGCAAGGGGAAUCUGCGGCAGAAGAACAACACUUCAUCCCAAUAGCCGCAAAUCGGAAGCGGACGUUGGAAGAGGACUCUGAGAAUCCACAACCUCUCUCAGGGAAGCAGCGAAAGACGGAAAAGGGACAGUCCAUGUUGUGCUUUAGUCCAAGCGUGCAAACAGAAUAUGAUCGACCAUUGUCACCAGACCUUCCCAAGGAGAGUGGCGAGCUUAGCGACGAGCUCAAACGGACAGUCCAACGCAUCCGUUCACAUCCAUCAAUGACGCCAUAUCGUAAGAAGCUUUACCUCACACUUCUAUCAGUCCCACGGGGUCGCUAUACCACAUACGCAGCCAUGUCGGAUUACCUUAAUUCCUCGGCUCGAGCCGUGGGUAAUGGAAUGCGAAACAAUCCUUUUGCACCUGAGGUGCCUUGCCACCGUGUUCUGGCCGCAAAUGGCACCAUCGGCGGAUUCAAUGGUGACUGGGGAAAGGAUGGAAAAUAUGCCUCCAAGAAAGUCGAGUUACUUCGAAGUGAGGGAAUCAAGUUUGAUGGCGUGGGGAAGGUGGUGGGUGUACCUUUUCGACAAUUUCACUCGUUCGAGCAUGUGGAUUGA